AUGAAACAAGAAAACAAGAUAGAGAAAUACCAAAAGGAGACAUAUGACGAAAAGACACAAGAAAUAUUAAAGAGGUUAGAAGAGAAAUAUCCAUUUUUGAACUUUUUCUUUAAGAAUAUACCAGAAAUGACAGUUGAAUCAAUUAGAAAAACAAGAAAUAGGAUGAUCAUUGGAGGAAUUUUUGGGAUGGCUAUGGUCAUUUUCAUUAGUGUAUUAAUGAUUCAUUCUUUAAUGACAUUUGAAGAUGAUCCAAACAAAACAUUUGUAGAAAAUCUAGGGUAUGUCUACUACUACACACUUUGUAUAGGAUAUUUCAUUCCAACAUAUCACAUUAUGUCGCUAUUCAUUAAUGUUGCAUGGAUAUAUUUCAAAUUUAAUUGA